AUGAGUCAAACGAGUCCGACGAAGGAAUUUGGCGUCUCCGAUGCUCGCUCGCUGGGCAAGGACAAUGUUAUUAGCAGCAACGCACAGAAACAAGGAAAAACUUUUGCACUGCAUGCAAUUCAAUCGCGCUACCACCGCGUCGCAGCCGAUGUCGAAACUGUGCAAAAAGCGAAAAUACAGUAUGAUACGGGCGAAGCAAACUUCGCAGAACUCGUCAACGAAUUUGGCCCGAUCUGA